AACACCCCCCUUUCCUGACAGCUGCAGCCAUCAGUCUACUAAACCUUCUGAAGGUUGCUAACACCAUGUCCCAUCCCUUAUAUAACCCCUAUGCCUCUGGGAAUCAAAGUUCAGCCCAGGGGCGCUAUGGACAGUCCAGUAUGCAGGCAGAGAGAGACUCUCAUAAGACAUCUCCUCAUCUUGGGCCUGGGUCCAGCUUUAGCUCUUCUGGAGUUUCAUCUGCGACUCCUGCAAAAUCUGGGGGAAUAAUGAGCUACAGGCCAGAAGGGAGUAAGACUUCAAUGGAAGAGGACAUAAAGAGGUCCAUAGACAUGCAUAUAAGCAGAGCCAGAGAGGAGGUGAGAAAUCAGCCUGUAAAAAAGAACAGUUGUUUUACCAGCACUCAAAGAGAUGAGUAUGAUUCUUCAGGCAAAGAUGUGACUUCCUACAUGUUGUCCUCAAACUCUCAAAGACCUCCUGAUGUUGCAAGUAGCACUAGCUCCAUGGACUGGUUGCCAAGAUACAAACGGGAAACUGAGGAUGAUUCGUCUAAAUACUGUUCAUCAUCUGCUUCAUUGAGCUAUCAAAGCACUGGCGACAGUAGGUUUAAUGCCUCGAAUGAAAGAGAGCACAAUGUGCAAUCCAUUCCAGGCUUAGGUGAUUAUGACUACCCAGUGCCAGACAAACCUGUGGGUUUUGCAGAGUCUACUCGUCCCAAGUACACUUCAGAAACAGCUGUGAACAUCCUUAUGCAGUUUGGACUUGAAAAAGAGGACCUGGAACAUCUGAUCUCAUACCCCGAAAAUCAGAUGACUCCUGACAACCUGCCUUUUAUCUUACGACAAAUCCGCAUGGAAAAGGCAAAGAGAUCUGCAACAGCAGAUCCAUCAAAAUCCUACUAUGAUCCUCAUUCCACCACAAGUAUGAGUGGAAGGGAAAGGUUCAGUACUUCAAGAGGGGAAGGGAUGCGUCAGGAUGAAUUGUCACCUAUUGUCCAACCAAGUAAAGUGAUUGAUUAUGGACAUACUGGAAAAUAUACUGGGAGCUUUGGGGAUGAAAUUGGAAGAAGCAGCAGUGGAGCCAGUAGUGGUGGAAGUGGAGGUACGCUGCUGAUGGGCUCCUAUGAUAGUAGCGGUCACAGUCGAGAACCACUGCAAAAAAGUAUGACAGAGGUGAAAAACAGCACCUUGGUUUCUUCCCGUGAUCAAGGCAGCUCUUUUACCAGUCAUGGCUCAAUGCGAAGUAGUGGUCCAGCUCAACAACUGCCAACACAACCAAACCAGCCUUCUCAAGAAAUCUUCAAAGGUUUCUCUCUGCCAAAGACAGACACAGACAUAAGACCUCUUAAAGCAGAAGUCACUAAAACCCUUCCGUUGAAAAAUCCAGAGCCAGAUCGCCAUUCAGCAUCAAAAAGCCAACUAACUCCUAAUAUAGUUCGUAGUGUGCAUCCAAGUCGACCUGGCCUUGUACUCAUUGGCAGCAGCAGCAGCGACAGUCACAUCAAAGAAAAGAGUAAGACUCACGGGCAAGUAUCAAAUGUUUCUGAGCAGAUGAACAAACAGCAAAUGCAGCAGAAGCAGGUACAACAGCAACAGGUGAAACAGACAAUGCAACAACCACCACCAAAGCAGCAGAUGCAGCAACAGUUGAAGCAACAACAGUCGCAGCAGCAGCAGACGGAGCAGCAGCAGAUGCAGCAGCAGACGCAACAACUGAAGCAGCAGACGCAACAACUGAAGCAGCAGCAGCAGCAGACGCAACAGCAGCAACUGGAGCAGCAGCAGACGCAACAACAAUUAAAGCAGCAGCAGCAGAUACAACAGCAGCAACUGAAGCAGCAGCAGCAGCAGACGGCCCAGGUACCUAACCUGCCGAUUGGGUUGCAGCAGAUGCAGAAUCAGCCAGCUGUGCAUAUGGGACAAGCUUUGCAGUCUCAAGUUUUUUCGGCUGCAAAGCCAGUUCCACAGCCGUCCCUCAUGCCAGGGCUCACGAUGCCCGUUCCUCCGGGUCUCUCGCCGCUAAUGCAGAACCUCGUGAAUUUCAUUCAUAUACCGCAGCCCGCUUCCACGAAGCAGCUUCCAGCAAAGGUAGAAGUGACAGGGAAUAUCCCAGUGCUGGCCCAGAUGCAAGACUACACUGCCACUUCACCUAGGGUCUUUCCUCAUACCUGCUCUCUAUGUAACAAGGAAUGUACUCUGAUGAAG